AUGGCUGGCAUCAACAGGAAGCAUGACGAGAAACUCGUCUUCGAGACCAGCGAGGACGUCAAAGUUGUCCCCACCUUCGACUCUUUGGGAUUGAAAGACGAUCUGCUCCGUGGUGUUUAUGCCUAUAACUUUGAGAGACCUUCGGCCAUUCAGCAGCGUGCUAUCAACCCCAUUGUCAAAGGAAGAGAUGUGAUCGCCCAGGCUCAAUCAGGAACAGGAAAGACAGCAACUUUCUCCAUCUCGAUCCUGCAGUCGAUCGAUACCUCGAUCCGUGAGACCCAGGCCUUGGUCCUCGCCCCCACCCGUGAAUUGGCUAUUCAGAUCCAGAGCGUCAUUCUCGCAUUGGGAGAUUACAUGAACGUACAGUGCCACGCCUGCAUUGGAGGAACCAGCAUUGGAGAGGAUAUCCGUCAACUGGACAACGGCCAGCACGUCGUCGUUGGCACACCAGGAAGAGUCUUUGAUAUGAUCCGUCGCCGCAACCUCAGGACACGCAACAUCAAGAUGAUGGUUCUGGACGAGGCUGAUGAGUUGUUGAACCAGGGAUUUAAAGAUCAGAUCUACGACGUCUACAGAUACCUGCCCCCAUCGACCCAGGUCGUCAUUCUCUCCGCCACCUUGCCCCACGACGUCUUGGAGAUGACUUCAAAAUUCAUGACCGACCCUAUCCGCAUCCUGGUCAAGCGCGACGAAUUGACACUCGAGGGAAUCAAGCAGUUCUUUGUCGCUGUGGAGAAGGAGGACUGGAAGUUUGAUACUCUCUGCGAUCUUUACGAUACCCUGACCAUCACACAAGCCGUUAUUUUCUGCAACACCCGCAGAAAGGUCGAUUGGUUGACCACCAAGAUGAGAGAGGCCAACUUUACGGUAUCAUCCAUGCACGGAGAGAUGCCCCAGAAGGAACGUGAUGCUAUCAUGCAAGAGUUCAGACAAGGAGCCAGUCGUGUCUUGAUCACUACGGAUGUGUGGGCUCGUGGUAUCGAUGUUCAGCAAGUGUCAUUGGUCGUCAACUACGAUCUCCCUAGCAAUCGUGAAAACUACAUUCAUCGUAUCGGUCGUUCUGGACGCUUUGGUCGCAAGGGUGUGGCGAUCAACUUUGUCACCCAGGACGAUAUCAAGAUCUUGCGCGACAUUGAGCAGUACUACGCAACACAGAUCGACGAGAUGCCCAUGAACGUGACGGAUCUGAUCUAA